UAUCAGUAUUAAUUCAGUUAUAAAUACUCUGUAGUAUUGUUCUAGCCCUAUUGUAAAUAUCAUAAUACAUUUAAAUAUUGACAACUUUGACAAACGGACGUAAAGUAUCAAAGGAAAAAGCAAUUCACAACUGCCACAAUCUAAAAAUUUAAUUGAAUUGAACUGAAAAAUGUUUUUUUUUGUAUCUACUAUUAUUAUUUGACAUAAUAUAAAAGAAGAAGAAGAACGAACGAAAAAUCAGGAAAAUCUAAGGGUAAACACGACAAAGUCACUUUGCACAUGUAAUUCUUAGUAGAAAAUACAAUCUCACUUAAAUCAAUAGUUUUAUUUCAUUGCUGUGUAUUCUCCCAAUUCUAUCAUAUUAGCGCGAUGGAACAUAGAGAAAAGAAUAAAUCAUCAAGAUCUAAUGUUACUGAUUCAAUAGAAAACUAUAGUUUACCAAACAGUCCAAUACAAGAACAAGAGUAUAUCAAUAACACGAGUUUAAUAUCCGCUAAAAGCGAGCGUAAAUCUAUGAAGAUAGAAGAAAACUCUAACUUUGUAGAAGAAGCUUGUAGCUGUUGUAAAGAGUCUACUACUUCAACGUCAAAUAUACUAGAACAUAAAUUACAUAAUGUAGUUGAAAAUCGUGCAGAUAGAUUCGCAAAAUCAACUGGUUGUCUCUUACAUUAUCUCAAAAAGGAACAAUGUGAACUAACCAGACCAUCUCAAGGAAAAACAAUGCGAUUUGAUAGUAAAACAUACUUUGUGAAACACAGGAAGUCUGAUGAUAAGGUAACAGAAGAUUAUGCAAACAAAAAUAUAAAACAUCAACGUGUAUAUUUACCCAAACUACAACCUAGUGAAGCUGAAUAUAUACGUUUAGUGUCUGAAAAUAGUGUAGCCGCUGUAAAGAAAUAUAUAGAAGACCAUCCCGAGCUUAAUAUUAAUUGCACAAAUUUUCAGGGCGUGUCAGCGCUACACGUUUCCGUCCAAAAGAGAUUUGAAGAUAUGGUGGAAUUUCUCUUAAAAUUUACAAAUAUAGAAAUUGGUGACACCGCCUUGCAAGCCGUACGAGAUAACAGUAUUAAAAUAUUGGAAAUGUUACUGAACGCGCUAAAGAAAGUGUCUCCAGGAUUGGAGUUCGGUGGAGCUGCUCACUCAACAGAAUUUCCUUUGCAUGUAACACCUAUAAUAUUGGCUGCCCAGUUAGGCCGAUAUGAAAUCAUUGGAAUGCUAUUGGCACGAGGUCACACAAUUUUACGACCGCAUUUCCCCAAAUGCCCAUGUAUUGCUUGCAAGAAUUCUUUCGUGACAGAAGACCCACUUUACACCAGCAGUGCAAGGCUCUCAGUGUAUAGAGCGAUAUCUUCCCCUGCAUACUUGGUUCAUACAAGUUGUGAUCCCGUGCUAUCUGCUUUUCUUUUGGCGAUAGAACUAACUGAUAAUGCAGCGGCGUCUAGACAUCUCGCAUCUGCGUAUAUGAAGCUAAGAGACAAUGUUAGGAUAUUUGCUGUAGAUCUUAUAGGUUGUUGCCGCACGUCGGAAGAAGUCGAAUUGAUGUUAAAGCAAACGUCAGGGUGUGGCGGACGACGUCAUUUUGUACUACCGCGGCUUCUAAUGGCCGUCAAUUAUAAACAGAAGGAGUUCGUCGCGCACCCGAACACACAGCAGGUCUUGGAGUCGUACUGGCUAGGUAACUGGUACAGCUGGAAAAGAAAAUCUUCUUACUCUAAAGCAUGCGUCAUUUUAAGUCGAGUUUUUCUUAUACCGUUUAUUCUCGUCAUGUGUAUGGUAGCUCCACGACACCGUCUCGUGAAACACUGGCAGAUACCGUUGAACAAACUGAUUACACAUGCGACCGCGUACUUCGUGUUCCUUGCCCUCGUCUUCUAUGUUUCUAAUCAAGAUAAGAGUGGACAAAAGCGCGGGCCGCCGAGCACAGGCGCAGAAGGUCCGCUAAUCUUAUUCGUAUGCGGCUACACGUGGUCUGCAAUUCGUAUGUGCUAUAUCCAGGGGUCUCGGCGAUAUUUUACUGUAAUAUGGCACUGGGCUGAAGCGAUAAUGCUCAUACUGUUCGGAUUAACAUUUGCCUUUUGGAUUAUAUCAGCCGUCGACAUUGCCGAAAACGACGAAGAGGAUUUAGAUCGUAAAUACUGGAAUCAAUACGACCCAACACUUCUGGCCGAGGGAACAUUUUGCUUGGCAACUAUAUUUGCAUAUUUCCGACUGAUGUUUUUAUGCCAACUAAAUUACCAUCUAGGACCACUUCAGGUGUCUUUAGGAAAAAUGACGAUAGAUAUUUACAAAUACAUAAUAGUGUUUGCGAUAAUAAUAAGUGCUUUUGCUGCGGGCCUUUCACGAUUCUACCAGUAUUACGAAGGUAUGGUUUACGAAGACGAAUUUGGAAUGAAAACAAUGCAGGUAUCAUCGUUCACAAGCUUGACAGAUACACUAAAUACCUUAUUUUGGGCUCUUUUUUGCAUGGCGCCUCUCGAAAGUGCCGAUGUAGUAAUAGAAAAUACUAGAGAUGAAACUAGCACCCUAAAGUAUCGUGAGAAUAGACACGGGUAUACAGAGAGGAUCGGAUAUUUUUGCUUUGGCUGUUUCGAGGUUAUCUCCGUGAUCGUGGUGCUGAACAUGCUCAUAGCGACGAUGUCCAACACGUUCCAGCGCGUCACAGACAACGCGGCCAUAGAAUGGACGUUCGGAAGGACAGAAAUGUACCUAGACUACAUGUCGCAAACAACUCUACCGUCGCCGUUCAACAUGAUACCCACGGCUUCGGGAAUGGCCAACAUUACAGACUGGUUCAAGAAUAAAUGUUGUAAACGUAAUACGGAGCUUGAUGAAGAAGCAAGUACUCGAAAAGAAUACCCUGCUUUAAUGUCUGUUCUAAUUCAGAGAUAUUUCAGAAUCAAAGAAAUUCAGCACCACAAUAAUUCAAACGUUAUUUUGGGGCAGACAAAGUUUAAAUUACAAAGAUCUACUGUAUAA